AUGAAGGAUGGAAUUUUCAUUCACCAAGAAGGCUAUGUUAAGGAAAUUCUCAAGAAAUUCAAGAUGGAAGAUUGUAAAUUGGUGAACACGCCCAUGCAAGUUGGAAUUAAAUUGUCAAGAGAUGAAGAUGGAGAAACGGUGAAUCUAACAUUUUUCAAAAGUCUUGUUGGAAGCUUGAGAUACUUAACAUGCACAAGGCCGAACAUAUUAUUUGCGGUUGGGCUUGUUAGUCGGUUUAUAGAAAGACCUACCAUAACUCAUUUCAAGGCGGCUAAGAAGAUUCUUCGUUACAUCAAAGGUACCCUUGAUUUUGGGUUAUUCUAUUCAUUUACUAAUGAUUUCAAGCUUGUGGGUUAUUCUAUUAGUGAUUGGGCCGGAGAUUUGGAUGAUAGAAAAAGUACUUCUGGCUAUUGUUUUUUCAUGGGAAAUGUUGUUUUUACAUGGUGUUCAAAGAAGCAACCAAUUGUCACCCUCUCAACUUGUGAAGCAGAAUAUGUUGUAGCCACUUCAUGUGUUUGUCAAGCAAUUUGGUUGAGGAAUUUGUUGAAGGAAUUACACAUGCUAUAA